UGAAUAGACGAUGCAAAAAACGUUAGGAAAUUACCGAUGAGGUCUAGAAUAAACUGGAAAUUUCGCGGUCUCUCUCCAACACACUAUAAAUUCCAUACACUUCAUCUAUUUUCUUAGUUCUCAAUAAAUCGCAAUUGUUCUCCAUUUCGUAAUAUUCUACCGUUCUAAUCAAAACCGCAAUGGACGCGUUUACUUCGUUCUUCGAUUCCCAAUCUUCUUCAAGAAACCGCUGGAAUUACGAUUCCCUCAAAAACUUCCGUCAAAUCUCCCCCGUCGUUCAAAAUCACAUCAAACGGGUUUAUUUUACAUUGUGUUGUGCUAUUGCUGCUUCAGCUGCUGGAGCGUUUGUUCAUGUGUUAUGGAAUAUUGGAGGUUUUCUUACUACGGUUGCGAGUAUUGGAACCAUGAUUUGGUUGUUAUCUACACCUCCUUUUGAAGAGCGGAAGAGGGUGUAUUUGUUGAUGGCUUCGGCUUUCUUUCAAGGUGCCUCUAUUGGACCCUUGAUUGAUUUGGCUAUUGUCAUUGAUGCUAGCCUUAUUGUUACCGCAUUUGUGGCAACCUCCUUGGUCUUUGCAUGUUUCUCAGCAGCAGCUUUGGUUGCAAGGCGUAGGGAGUAUCUCUACCUUGGUGGCUUGCUUUCUUCUGGCCUGUCUAUUCUCAUGUGGUUGCAUUUUGCUUCCUCUAUCUUUGGGGGUUCUACUGCUCUCUUUCAGUUUGAGUUGUAUUUUGGGCUUCUGGUGUUUGUGGGCUACAUUAUAGUAGACACCCAAGAAAUAAUUGAAAGAGCUCACUUGGGUGAUCUGGAUUAUGUGAAGCAUGCAUUGACCCUGUUCACUGAUUUGGCUGCAAUCUUUGUGCGGAUUCUUGUUAUACUGUUGAAGAAUUCAGCCGAGAAAAAUGAGAGAAAUGAAAGGAAGAAAAAGAGGAGAGACUGAUAUCUAGAAGGAUUUAAGUGCUUUUAUUUUAGUACUUUGUGGAGAGAUAACGAACAAUUUGUUUGUAAAGUUUUUGUUUUUCUGUUUAAAUGAUCUAAUUGUGUUGUAUUCUGUUUAAUUGUGCAAAGUAGUUGGUUUUGAAAUAAGUUGAUUGAAUUUACUAA